CCUACCUCUCCUGUCAUCCCUCUCGUUUGAGAGGAAGGCAUGCUUUGAUCUCCCCACUGCGAUGUCCAUCUUGUCUGCUCUGACAGCCGGUCAUGACCAUGGAUCAUGCAUCAGACGAUUGUUGCACGCAUUUCUUUCCAUUUCCUUCACCCGCAGGUCUUUUGCCGCUGCUCUGCCACGCGGCCAGCAACUAUGGGACGCCCCUCUUCCCUGCCGAAUGGAUCAUGCGACCUCGCUCUUGCUCGGUGCGCAGGGGCUUCUGCAUCCCGGAGUGGACUUUUCCAUGUCUGUGUGCCGUUGUUGUGCUCUCAUGAUGCAGUACUAUUACAUCAACACGGGCGUAAUCCACAAUUACGCAGAUGCGGAGAGCUCCUGCUACAACACCCACACGGGACUCGCGGGCGACCUGGUCGGUCUUUGCCGCUGCCACUGGACCGCUGCCAGUGGACUGCAUGUGUUUGUCUGCUUGCCAAUGUCAUGCAGCUGAUUGUGGACGACGCCUACGAAGCCCAAUGGCUGGCCGAGCAGAUCAUUCUGGCGGGCAACGAGGAAGUCAGGUAUUGGGUCAAGAUGAAACGGGUGAGCCAGCUCUCACCUAUGAGGAGACUAGCUGUGUGUGAGUGUUUUCGUCGUGUUUGCCCUCCCCUCCCUCUCUCCCUCCCUCAGAAUGGCGCAGAUCCCUCGGAGAAACCUGCUUUUCUCCCAGACAUAGGAGGGACCAAAGCAGGUCUCUCACACAGACAACAGGAGACGCAACCCAGUGUCCCUCUGUCUGUUGCCGCCCUCCGCAUGUGUCAGACCGCCAAGGCUGGUAUCCGGCUGGUGAUUGGGCGUGGCAAGCGCCGUCUAGGGGCCUGUGGGACCUGACAUGGCGGCCUAGAAUGCCGUGGGACCACACACAGGAUCACGGCAUGGUCGAGGUCAGGCACGCGAAGUAUGAGGAGCCUUUUCGUUUGGUCUUGAGAUCACGCGAGCCUGCCAACAGCAAUAGCGCCAUCGUGAGCAACAACGGGAGGAUGGGAAAGGCCGGGAGGCUUGCUUGCUGACCGAUACUGUGUAUGUGGCUGCAUGCAGUGUGAGAAGAAAAUAAGCGGCUGCAGUAAACAAACCAAUCGAGCACAAACAAAUUAAUAUGGAUCGGCUGCCCUUCUCCUUCCCAUGCAGCCGAUUUCCCAACGGUUAUGAUUACAACCGCUACGAGCUUUCCGGACCCCAACUCUCGAGAGAUCGUUGUAACUCUGACCUUCUCGGAUGACAUCACCGACCUUACAUUUCACAACUUCUCCGACUUGACAAGCUGGCAAACUGUCAGUGAAGGGAGCGCGGCGAUCGAGGGCAUCAACAAAACGAGCAGCAACGUGAUAGUGGAGAGGCUGUGGGGUGUGCAGCCAGGAUGGAUCACGCUCCACGUGCCCAGCAAUGCUUUCAACCGGACGAGCGACGGGCUGCCUAACACUCCAUCGAACAAUCUCACAAUCUACGGGGGUCUCGACGGCACGAGACACAUGAAUGUCUGUGUACUGGCUGUCUCUCUGUGUGCGUCUGCCAGGCUGCGACACUACAUGGGGCUGGAAGAAGUCGGCGGCUGAAGAUGCCAUCGACAGUGCCUACUCUUGGUGGCAGUGCGGUCGGCAGUGUCAGGACAAUCCCAGCUGUGAAAUGUUUGUCUACGACGCCCAAUCGGGCAUCCCGGGCGGCGGCGGCGGGUCUCCAUCCCCCUGUCGCCUUUACUAUGACAGAGACCCUGCCGAUACGCCUGAUCCGAAUAAAAUAACCAGCUACAGGGCAUGCGGCAUCAAAACAGGUCGGCAGCCGGAGAAAGACCAGAGAGACAUAUUUCUCGCGGCUUCGCCUCUGAUCUGCAGAUACGAAACCGCCCAAGAUAUUCUUUGUGAGGAAGGUCAUUGCCACUGGGAAGCGGAGGGAAGGCGGCCUUGUUAGGUACAACUACGAGAACCCCAACAUCAUCGACCUCCACACGGAGAUACACUUCAGCGAAGCCGUCAGGAAUCUCGAUGUCUCGGAUGUCACGCUCUCGUGGGCAAAUGUGUCGGGCAGCGGCACGGCGAGCUUACCGUCGCUUCUGCAACUUGACGAGGUGCCGAUUACCAAGCCUACUACAUGGGACAUACCACUGACACCCGCCCCGACAAAGAAAUACAAUCUGACGGUGGGCGUAUCCCACACAGGAGGCACACGCGGAUCUCUGGUGCUCUACUAUGUGUGUGUGUGGACCGAACAGCUUCAGCUUCACAAUUUGCUGUGGUUCACCGAGGGCAAUUUCACCUUUCAUCUCGACGGCUCUUCGGAUAUCGUCGAUCUCUCGGGCAACCCCAUCAACCCCUCUUACGAGCCCAUCACGUUCAUGCUGAGACCCCGCCGUGAGACACGGGACCUGCACACAGAAGAGGGACAGAAAAGACCAGGAAGAGCCUCAAUCAUUGUCUGCAAUGGAACAAUUGCAGCGUGUGACACAAUGGAGAGAUUAACGGACGUGAUGCUGUGGCAAGGGGACCUGAUCGGCCUGCAGUGGAAGGGCUUUACGUUUGACUCUUGCGCCACCAAAUGCCGGAUGACGCCAGGUGAGGAAAGCGUUUUCUUGAGGGAUACACCGUUCUUUCUGCUGUCUUUUUGCUAGAGUGUGAGGCCUUUACAUUCGACAAGGUGCAUUCCGCCUGUUACCUUAAAUGGGGCCCACUGGAGGUAGCAACCCAGAUGCACACACACACACACACACACACACAGAGAGAGAGAGAGAGAGACUUUCCUGUCUUUCGGGUGACAGUGGGGUCCUGACGGAUGGGAGUACAGAGGGUCGGAACCUGACUAUGACUCGGCAUGGUUCGACUGCUCAUGCUCUGCCAACUGCUUUGGUACACACAACUAGGCACACAGACGGGAUGGUUGCUAUGCCUCUUUGAGCUGCUUGCAAUUCUGUACCGGUCAGAGGUGCCGUUGCCCGAGGUCUGCGGCGACUUUGUUCUGGUUGGCGCCGAGACAUGUGACGGUACAGCCUUGCACUCAUUCAAAGCCUUGACACCAGCAAGCGUUCGUCUUCUCUCCUUCCUUCCCUCGUCCAGACGGCAAUGACGUGGGAGGUGACGGGUGCUCGGCUACAUGCCAGACGGAACCAGGAUACACAUGCCCUACAACCGGCGGGAGCUGCGCACCAGUUUGUGGUGACGGCCUCUUGAAGGGCGGCGAAGAGGUACAUAAUGUACCUGUACGCGCACAAGCACCGAUGGUGAGCUGGCUGGCUGUAUAUACGUUCUCAGUGCGAUGAUGGGAACACGGCAGCGGGAGACGGGUGCUCAGAUACGUGCCAGGUUGAAUCAGGAUGGACAUGCCCUACACCAGGAUCGCCAUGCUGUCAGCACAACGCCUGCUUUUUCGUGAGGUCUCUCCACUUCUCUCUCUUGUCCCUUUGUCCUCGCCUCUCUCAGUUCUCAUAACAACAUCGCCCCCGCUGACGACUGCUUCCCCGCCAGCCGCGACCACAUUACCACCAACCCCACCAGAGACCACCGCCCCUGCUGUCCCACCAGAGACCACCACCGCCCCUGCUGUUCCACCAGAGACCACCGCCCCGUCGCCAUCAGCCAUUCCGCCGGAGGGCACAACACCGCCAACGGCGCCCACAAGUGAGCAAGUGGGAAAGGCGCUCGAAAGACACUCGGAUGGUCAUCGAUUGGCCGGUUGGCGCUCCCAUGAAUGUAUGUGUCCUUUAGCUAUUGUGCCUCCGGUUGUCGUCCUGCCAGAGGAGGGCAUAGAAGGCAUCACUGACGACUUAGAUACUCUCAAGGUGACUUCGUCCAACCAAGACCAACAGCAGACAACUGCAUCUGUGACCUGCCUUGUCCCCCGUGUCUGUGUGUUGCUCCCGAUCUCGCUGCAGAACCCGGAUGCAGUUGACGUGUCGGAUGCAGAGGACACCAUCGGUGGUCUGCUGGGUGAAGAGGGCGAGGAACCACCCACCCCACCGCCCGUGGAGUCUCCCGACGACUUCAGCUCUCGGCUCCUCAAAGCCAUCAACGUCGCCAAAGUGGCCCGCAAAGAGGACAUGGCCGGGCUGGCAAAGCCCAAUUCCACACAGGAAGAGACCAAGGCACAAAGGAAAGCCGUCGUGAAGGCACUCAUGCGCAACCUGCAAAAGGUAUAUGACGACACGCAGACAGGCAAGGACAGCACCCAAUUUCUCUGUCCUGUGUGCGGCUGGUCAGGCUGCUGCUGAUCGGUCGACAGCCCUGGUUGGUGUGUCGAGCAGCCCAGCUGAGGUUCUCUUGUCAGCUGUCACAUUGGCCACUACCGUCGAGGCAGCCGAUGAGACAGGUACGGCGCGUAGAAAGGCCACAAGAUCACCUGACCGAGGUCUGCAUCUCUUGUAUCUGCAGAGAACGACGACAUGGACACGGCCGAGGCGGGCGUCGCGACGUUCAAGGCUCUCGCCGCCGUCUCGGCGGACACCAUCUCCCAGCCCGACGACACUCUCGCGGAAGCCGUCAAGGAGCUGCAGGGCCUUCAGUAUUAUCUCGAUGGGGCGGCCGGUCUCCUCAGACAGCUCAACAGGACAGCGAAGGCGGAUCGACACCUUCGGCGGCUGACACCGGCUGCCAACGAGAGCUAUCACAUGUUGUCAUCUGAUAUCAUCGGCACCACAGCCCAGCUCGCCGACAGCCUCGCCACACGCGCAGCCGGACAUCCCGACGGCACGGCCGAAGUGGCGGGCGCCAAGACGCGGCUGAAGGUUGCCCGCACAGACACCGCCAGUGGGGCCACACUCACGAUCAAGGACACCAGUGUGGCCGUGAACAUGCCUUCAUUGCCAUCCAUCCCGCCGGCCGUGUGCGCCGAUGGUGGCGGGCUGCGCGAGAGUGUGCAGAUGACCUUCUGGGCCGACGACCCAUAUGCUUAUGCCGCUGACGAGGAGGCGCCAAUGGCCGACCUAACGGCCAGCGACACUCUUACGAAUGCAGCGCAGGGCACUUUGGCUGUGUCGGCCCGUCAGUGCGGCAGCGACCUGCAGCUGAUGGCGGGUGAAGGUCAGCAAGAGCCCUUCCGGCUGUUCAUUCCUCGGCCGUCAGCUGACAGCGUGCCGGCGGCUGGCAAUGUCUCUGUCAAUGGGACGGAGAGGGCGUACGAUGUGCAUGUGGUGUGCGGCUUCUGGAACGCAUCGACGCACCAGUGGGACACACAAGGUCAGCCAUGCACAUGUGUGGCGCACGGAUCAAUCUGUCGACCAAUGAAUUAACGGGUGUGUGUGUGUGUAGGCUGUCAUGUGAAUUUGGCUCUGUCGAAUGGGACGACCUCCUGCUGCGAGUGCACUCACCUCACAGAAUUCUCUUCACUCUUCAGGUCAGCUGACGUGACACACCCAGGCCAUGAUGCGUGUGUGAGUGCUUGCUCUGUGUCUGCAGGAGUGUGAUCGUUGACAGCCACAUUGCAGGGGUGGUGGGCGGUGCGGGUGAUUCCCUCGCCAGGAUGGCCGACAUCACCGCUUGGACACAAAACAUAGCCGCCUUCUUCGUCUCAAUUAUGAUCGCCAUACACUCCACUUGUCUGCUGCUGUCUCUCUACUUCGACUGCAAAAACCCGUAAGCACACAAAACACGAGACACAACCGUCUUUGCUGUUCCUUGUCGGUUCGUCAGUAUCACUGAUCAACUCUUACUCGACAUAUGGUCAGUCAUGACACAGCGUACCGCAUCAUCGUGUUGUGAAUUCGUUAUCCACCCGUGCGGUUGGUUGUGUCAUCAAUCAGGAUGACCGAUCCACUGCUCGAGUGGGGACACCUAUACAUGUUUAUUGCGUAUAUCCACCAAUGUUCUCACUCCUGUUUGUUGUCUGCUGUGUGCCGGUUGUCGCGGCAGCACCCGACACAAAGCCGUAAGCACACUCAUGCCUAUACCAACGGCAGGAGACAGACUCACAUUCCCUUUGGUCUUGCUCUGCAUGCGCAGCGGUCGAGAUUGCAGCGCAGCAUCAAUGGUUGUGUCGGCCGUCGGUGCUAUCACCCCUGGUGGUGCGACUUCCUCGUCUGCCGCAUCUUCGGCGGCAUCUACAUGCACUGCCGAAACAGAGAACCCACACUCCAUCUCCAGGAACUUCGCACACUCAGGUGAAUGCCACCUACUGGCCUGGACAGCACCUGGCCUUCUGUCGGCUUUUCUCUACCUUCUCGUGCAGGGCGGUGCGGAAGGAUCUGCUGCAGGAGGAUGUAGAAGGGCAUGUGCUCACUGUGCCGGGUGGGGAAGGUGGGUCACGUUUCGGCAGCUUCAGCAGCAUACACGGUGACGAGCACCAGUCCAAGCCGCCGUCCGUCGUCAGUGGCAUGCCCAUGCCCAGGAAAAGGGCCUCCAUCCAAUCAUGGUCACACAGACACAUGGGCACACAGGCAGACAGACAGGGAUACAGUUUGGUGUCCCACACUGCAGGUUCACUCGUCAGUUCACGGGCACGGCUGAUUGGUCGUCAGUUAGCGACAAGCUCGACACACGCGAGAAGCUUCGCAGCAAAGUCCACGAAAGCAUCCCUUCACUGCCGGACUUCAUCAAGCACACAUGGACAAGGCGUCAGCCUAAAAAGCUCAAGCCUGCCGAGACAGCCGACGAGAGCGUCAUCUUCGACGGCGUGCAGUGGACCGCCCCGGCCGCCCCACCCAACUGGUCCGUCAUGGCGGGGGAUGACUCCAUCAAGUCGCCCACUGCGGGCGACGUCCCCAGCUGCGCGCUCCGUGCCAGCAGCGCGACGUCCCCGAGUGAGGGAUCGUCUCCCCGAAAGAGGAUCCUCCAGCCGUACACCGCCGGGGGGUCCAUGUCCGAUGAGGAGGACCGAAGCCCACUGGCCGACAACCAGCGCAUCGACGAGCGAGAAAUGUCGUUCCAGCCGUCCACUGCUGAGGCCACGACGGACGCCCGUGAGCUGCGGGCCAUCCGGCAGAUGCUGGGCGAGGGAGGAAGGCGGGGCUCCGCGGGCGCCGUGCUGAUGAACAUCUUUUCUCUUGGAGGCGGGAAAAUGCAAGAAGAGGCCAAGGACGUCAGCCUCAUCAAGUCAGCGUCAAACAAACAAACAAACAAACAUACAAAGGCACCGCAACCAGAGACAUGACAUGUCGGUGUGUCUGCAUUGUCAUCGCAGGAGUGGCGUGCUGAAAGAAGCGCUUCGGAAGCGGCUGUUGCUGGAGCUGCAGAGGCAGCAGGCCGCCGCUGUGCUAAUACAGCGCCAUUGGCGUGCCCUGAUCGAGAAACAGCUGGAAGACGUCAAAGCUGUUGAGGAAGGCAUCCUUACUCCAACCGUCAUCGGCCGCCCCCAGGCCGUCAAGGCACUCGACCAGGACCAGAGUGCAGAUGCAGACAGUCAUGAAGGCCAAAGGCCGGCAGGCGACCAGCCUGAGGCUGACAAUGGAGAGGAAGAGGCAUCCUUCCUGGCGGCCAGUGUGGCAGCUGUCGACGCCGCCUUCUUUUCCAGCGGCCAGGAGGCAGAAAGGAAGCGCCGUGACUCGACCAAGUCAGUGACGAUUGCCAUCACGUCAUCCGGUGGCGUUGGCAAGGGCAUGCGGCGGCGCAGCAUGUCGGCCCAGGCCGCAAGGCGCAGGAGCGUGACAGAGCUGUGGGGCGACCUAAAUGCGGAGGUUGACCUGAUGGUGACCCGAACACUGCGUCGUGUCGAGUAUGUGGAGUGGGGCGCUCCAAAGAUGUUCCGUGAGGUUUGCCGUCGAGACCACCCCCUUCUCAAGGUGAAAGACACACACACAGACGCAUGAAAGGCAGCGCGCAGGCACUCGCUGUGCGGUUGGUUGGGUGUGGCUCGUCACAGCUCUUCAUAUUGAACCCCACGUACUGAGGACGACAGACAUUGAGGGAGACACACAAAAGAGUGGGUCUCAUUUUGUCUGAUGAGUCAGGUUCACCGCCGUGCAACGGACCCUCUUCUUUGGAAGCAUCAGUCUGGGCAUCUUGACGAUGUGCGCCGUCUUCUUCGACCAGGGCCGAUACAGCCGUCGGCAGGACGACAGCACAGUGCUGAUGGCCUGGCAGUCGGGCGGCGUGCGGUGGCUCCUCACACUCCGACAGAUCGCCGUGCUCAUCUGGUCGAUCCUGCUUUCUAAGCCCAUUCCGCUGACGCUGCUCUUCCUCUUCCGCAAAGCAGUCCCCCACAUCAUCCCGUCGGCCACACGCACAGAGGACAUUAGAUAUGGCGGAGCAGACACCGCCUGGUGGAUGGGUCGGAAGGACAAGAGGAUCGACGUGCAGAAACUGUCAUCCAUACAUACCAAGCGACAGACCGUCGUGGCCCACAGGCGCAUCGCCGACCUGGCUGGACGACACUCAGGUAGAGGACACAAAGACAUCCACAGACUCAGACAAAGACAAGCCACCGAUUGCGUGUCUCCCUCCAUGUUUUUGUGACCUUAAGGUCAUUUUUCCUUAAAGCAAAAGCUCGCCGUGCUGGCCCGUUGGCGGCUGAAGGAGCGGAUCGGCAUCGCCAUUGGCCUUCUCUAUUGGUUCGCAUGCUGCUCCUUCCUGCUGCUCUUUUCCUUCUCGUCGCAGCUGGCGGAGAUUGGGCCAGAAAGCCAGCCGACCUACGUGAUCUAUCAGGACUUCGUGAUGGUGUGCUCGGUCGAAUUCCUAAACAGCUUCAUCCUCCAGGUAGGCCCGCUGCAGCCCUGGGGAAAUGUAAUCUGAAGCCGAUACUCGUCCAUCUGCUAUUUUGAAAUAUUGCAGCCGAUAAUCUUCUUCUGCCUGCUGUCUCUCCUGCUGAUGGCCGUGCUGCGGGUGGCGUCCUUCGACUGGGUCGUUUGGAUGAUGCCCCACUGGUGAGUGAUGGCAUCCCUUUUUGACAUACAUACGUCCGCCAAGCUGUGGUGAGUGUGUGUCUGCGUGAUGUGUGUCUGCUUACCACCCAGGUUUGACUUCACCUUCUCGGUCAGUCGGGCAGCUUAUCUGAUCUGAUCGGCACACUGGCCAUCACGUGCUUAUGAAUGUUUGUGUCUUUGUCCAUGUCUAUCCAUGCAGGGUGCCCAGUCGCUGCACGAACUGACGGUUCAACUGCAGGCCAUCAGCGAUACACACGAACUCACACGAGGCAUGGUGGGCUUCGCCGGCCUUAAUGUCGACUCGGUUGGCAUGGUCCAGGACGUCUUCUCUUUCUGACCCCACACCCCCCCCUUGGCCCCCGGCAGUUCGUUUGUGUGCGAGACAGGGUGUCGUAGGCGGAUGUGUCGAUUGAGAAUUGGUGCAAAUGUGGACGUCAUUAUCUGUUUUCUGGAGCUUUGUGUCAGAGAGACAUGGGCUGUGUUUGUUUGUUGCAAUGUUCAGACACUGUGUCAAUUCAUUUUCUGAACAGGCGGUGUGUCCUUCC